AUGGUGCUAGGACAGUGAUAUUCAAUGGUGUUAACCCGUUUCUGCAGCACAGGGAUGUGUUUUCUUUUGAAAGAGGUCUCCAACUUGGCACAUAAGGAUUCACUUGACUACAGUUUCAAAUUGCAGAUAAUCAAGACACGAAGAACUGCAGAGUCAAAACCUGAAGCUGUUUUGCACGUCUGUCAAGCUCACAGGCAUGUCUCUGUUUGUUUUCAGUAGCGGGGAAAAGGUGGAGAAGGAGCCCUGGAUGGAGAAGCUUCCAGCCAGAGGAGAGCUGCUGGUGAAGAAGAAAGAAUUUAUGAAGAAGAAAAUUGACCACCUAGAGAUUUUUGCCAAGAAAAACAGCACAAAAAACAGAAGAGCGGCUCUGCAGGCGCUGAGAAGAAAGAAGUUCUACGAGAAACACAUCAACUACAUUGACUGUGCUGUAAAAGCCAUGAGAGCCAUUUACGAACACAUAGAAAUCGUUAACAAGGUGAGUGACCUGAUGAAGGAUAUUGCAGAGGAGGAGGAUGAGACUGGAGGCAUGCUAGAGAGCCUCUGCACACCUGUGGGUUUUGAAGGGGAAUUUAAUGAGGAUGAGCUGCUGGCAGAGCUGGAGAAGCUGGAAAAGAAUGUGGAUGAAAGCCUCUUUGAGGCGGACGAAGCAGAGGACGGGGACCCUUGUCCCAAACUGUUCACCACUGCAUUACAUUCCCAUCGUGGGUUUUGCAGAGAAAUCAUCACCAAGGUGAAUGACCUGAUAGAGGACAUUACUGAGCAACAGGACGUGACUGAAGACUUGCUAGACAGCCUCUACACAGCUGUGAGAUUUGAAGUGGAAUUUAAAGAGGAUGAGCUGCUGGAAGAGCUGGAGAAGCUGCAAAAGAAUCUGGAUGAAAGCCUCAAUGAUUCGGAUGGAGAAGAAGACGGGGUCCUUUGUCCCAAAGUGUUCACCACUGCAUCACAUUCCCAUCCCGUUAACACGGACGAAGAAAACAUUGAAGAUGAUUUAGAGUAUCUUCGACACUGGGCGAAUGGAACUCGUGAACUCACCAUCAGUUACAACAUUUAGAAGAGGCGAGGAAAGCACAGAAUGGAAUAAAUGGGCAGCAGUUUAUUGUAUUUGUUCAUGAGUGGGGUUUUUUUUUUUUAAUUUAAUUUUCAUGGACAUUUGACUUUCUACCUACUCCAGUGAUGUCAGGGAACAUGUUGAUUUUUAUACACAGGGUAGUACAGAGACUUCAGAAUUCAUAUUGUAAAAUUAGUAGUACAAUACUACUGGCUUGAUAACUAAUUGAUGUUAUGACUUUGAUUGGCUUUGAUGUUAUCUGAACUCACUGAAACUAAGCUACUUUUGCUUUCUUUAAAAAAAAACAAAACCUCACCACUGGCUCCCAGCACAUAAGUGUUGCAUGUGUUUACUGUCUUUGAGUCUCACCCUGUUACCUCUGUUACCUGUUGUGUUCUCUUCUUCGAAGACUGUUUCAAAAAUAAAAGACUUCACCAAU